AUGUUGGCUCUCUUUGCAGAAGCGAUUGCCGCCGUGGGCGCCUUCAUCCUGAAGGCAGACGAGCUGCUUCAAGUUAUAGACAGCAGUAUGAAAAACUUCAAAGCUUUUUCCCGAUGGCUCUAUGUGGGCUUCCCCUCCAUGCAAGGCCCUGAGCCAAAAGACCAUCAUCUGAAGCUUCUGUUUGCUCAGUGGUGUCCAUUGCAGCUUUCGCAUCAUGCCUGCAACUCCCCCGGCACUCCUUCUCGCCGCCUUCUUCCUGGCAGUUUGCUGGCUGUCCAGACCACAAGAGGAAGAAAGCUUCUAUCCCGAGUCCGGAAAGGGGCUGAGUCGACUGUAAAACACUUGGAGCUGCUUGUUGUGGUGGGGCCAGAUGUCUUCUGGUUCCAUAAAGAAGACACGGAGAGGUACAUCCUCACCAAUCUGAAUAUUGGUGCUGAAUUGCUCCGAGACGCCUCGCUGGGAGCUCAGUUCAGGGUUCACCUGAUCCGAAUGAUCGUCCUCACAGAGCCGGAGGAAGGCAUCAGCAUCACCACCAACCUCACUUCCUCCGUCGUCAGCGUCUGUGAGUGGGCCAGGAAGGUCAACCCUGAGAACGACUCCGAUCCCAGCCAUGCGGAUCUCGUUCUGUAUGUGACCAGGGUCGACCUGGAGUUACCAGAUGGGGACAAGCAGGUGCGGGGCGUCACCCAGCUGGGUGGGGCCUGUUCCUCCCUCUGGAACUGCAUCAUCACUGAGGACACCGGGUUUGACCUGGGAGUCACAAUGGCGCACGAGAUCGGACACAGCUUCGGGGUCCAGCACGAUGGAGAAGGGAACCAGUGCUCUGGGAGUGGACACAUUAUGGGCUCUGAGGGAGCUCUCAACAGCGUGGAUCUGGCGUGGUCUGCAUGUAGCAGGGAGCAGCUCCUCGCCUUUGUCAGUACAGGCCAAGCAGGCUGCAUGGAUGACCUGCCGGACCCCAAGGACAGCAUCCCAGGAGGGAAGCCCGGCCUGUAUUACGGGGCGGACGAGCAGUGCAAGAUAGCCUUUGGGGGCGCAGCCGCUGCCUGCACUUUCGCCAGGCACGACAUGGAUAUGUGCGGAGUCCUCUCUUGUCACACCGAUGCCGCCGACCUGGCUAGCUGUACGCGGCUUCUCGUCCCCCUCCUGGACGGAACUGAAUGCGGGGUCGACAAGUGGUGCUUCAAAGGCCGCUGCAGCUCCCUGGAAGACCUGGGUCCCAUCGCAGUAGUCCACGGGCACUGGUCCAGCUGGACGCCUUCCGUGGCCUGCUCCCGCAGCUGCGGAGGAGGAGUUGUGGCUCGGAGACGACACUGCAACAACCCCAGGCCUGCUUUUGGCGGACGUCCAUGCGAGGGGGAAGCCUUGCAGGCGGAAAUGUGUAACACGCAGCCCUGUCUGAAGACCCAGCUGGGUUUCAUGGAGGAACAAUGUGCCGCAACGGAUGUGAAGCCCCUUUCCCUCAGCCUGGAGUUCCCGUCCUUUUACAAGUGGACUUCAGCUGCCAAUUAUGCCAAAGGAGACCUGCUGUGCAAACACGUGUGCAGGGCACGUGGGAAGGACUUCAUGGUGAGUCGAGGGGAGCAGUUCAUAGACGGCACAAGGUGUGUGCGAGGCGUUCGGGGAGAUGAAGAGGUGUUCGCCCUGUGCGUGGCAGGCACCUGCAUGGUUUUGGGGUGCGAUGGCAAGAUGAAUUCCGGGAAGAAGAUGGAUGCCUGCAGGGUGUGUGGUGGAGACAACUCUACGUGUUUCAGCGUGAAGGGCUCAUACACUGAAGGGAAGGCCGGAGGAUAUGCGACCUUUCUGGUGCUUCCUCGUAAUGCUACCACAGUCCGUGUGGUUAACCGGAAACCACUCUUCACUCACUUGGCUGUGAAGAUCCAAGGGCAGUACGUGGUGGCUGGGUCCGGCACUAUUUCUUUGAAUGUCACAUACCCCUCUGUCCUGGAGGACAGCCGGCUAGAAUACACGGUCUUUCUUACGGAGGACAACCUGCCUAGCUUGGAGGAAGUUUGCAUGGAUGGACCAGUGCAGGAGGAUGUAGAGAUACAGGUUUAUAGGAGGUACGGGGAGGAAUACGGGAGCAUCACCAGCCCAGACAUCGUCUUCAGCUACUUUCAGCCCAGCGAGAAACGGGCUUCCCGGCUCGGGCCCUGCUCUGUGACCUGUGGGGAAGACCUUAUAACUGCUGUUUCUUCCCCAUCCAGAUGGAAGGCAUCCAAGCCGGGCAAGUGCUCUGCCACCUGCGGCUUAGGAAUUGCCCCACGGAAUCUUUCCUGCAUCCAGGUUUCUGGUGGCCUGGAGACUGUAGUGGAGGAUGCUCUGUGCUCAGUGGAGAAGAAGCCCCUUGCUUUUGUCUCUUGCAUGGUGAACGUCUGCCCUUUGGGGUGGCACAGGGAGAACGACGUGCGCCCCCUGGAGUCUUCUGUCGUCCCCUUUUGGCCCCAUCAGAACCGCAGUCAGUCAGUCUCUGUUUGGAGCCCUUUGGCUGGAGAAUGCCCGGUCAGCUGUGGAGGAGGCUCAGUUCUGUUGCGCUAUGUCUGUCUGGACUUUGAUACCAAAGAAGAAACUGAGGAGGGAUAUUGUGACCAGGCACUGAAGCCGGAGAGUCAGGUGGAAAUCUGUAAUCUUUUGCCAUGCCCACCAAGCUGGUUCCGCAAACAGGGCCCUUGCAGUGCGAGCUGCGGUGGAGGUGUGAUGCGUAACGUCCUGUACUGUGCACGGCAGACGGGGGAGAAGGAGGAGGAAGAGAUGCUGCCAGACACACACUGCGAGGAUUUGCCCCGCCCCGAGGAACAGGAAGCGUGCAACCUGCAGCCGUGUCCCCCAAGGUGGAAAGUGGCAGGUCUCAGCCCGUGUUCCUCCUCCUGCGGGCUUGGGGUGGCCCUCCAGACUGUUAUUUGCAUACAGUUUUCUCGAGGCCGAGAGAUUGAAGUGACAAACACCUCUUGCCUGGAAGCAGAGAAGCCCCUUCCCAGCAUCCCCUGCAUCGACCGCAUGUGCUCUUACGAGUGGAGAUCCACCGAAUGGACAGAGUGCUCCGUGUCUUGUGGGAGCAGCAUCCAGACCCGGGAGGUUUUCUGCACCAGUCCCCAAAUGGGAGCGCGAGUGAACCCCAUCCUGUGCAGGAAUUCCCCCAAGCCCGUGAGAGUGCGCAGCUGCUCCCUUGGCCCCUGCCUGGAACAAGGCAUCUGUGGGAGGCUGUUCCUCCGUUCCACUGGGCUGAUCAACAUGACCGGCCUGCAAGCCAGUGACUGCACCAUUGCCAUUGGCCGCCCCUUAGGAGAGGUGGUCACAGUCCAAGUGCUGGAGAGCUCCCUCAACUGCAGCACAGGAGAGAUGGUGGUGUUUUCCAGCCGAAAGAUGUGGCGGACAGGCUGCAAGAGGUUGACGCUCUCCGUCAUAAACGCCCGGACCAACACCCUGAUGGUGAGACAGCGCCUCCUGCUGCCUGGCAACGGAGUUGUCCUUCAGUACAGCAGCGCAGCAGCAAGGAAGAAAUACCACCAAGACUGUGACGUGCAGCUCUUUGGUCCCCGAGGAGAAAUAACGAGCCCUGCACCAUUGGCCGGCGUGGGCACAGAAGCGGCAUGCAGGACCUUCAUUGAUGUGGCUCCUCGACACCGCAUAGCCAUCCACACCGUGCAUGUGGAUCUGAGCGUCCAGGCCAACGAAGCACACUCCCGUUACAUCUUGAUUCGAGAUGUGAACAACAUGAAGACCUCCGUCUUCUCCAGAAACCAGCUGUUUUACUGGCAAUCGACCGGGAACCGGGCAGAGAUUGAAUUUAACAAAGACUUUGCUGAUAUCCAUUUCCGAGCAGAGUACUGGAUCGUGGAACCCAAAUAA